AUGGCCAAUGACAAUGCAUUGAAAGUGGAAAUGCUAGUCGUGUACCAAAAGUGUAUGCACAACCAUGCAGCCUCCAGCAGAGGAUUCCUCCUCGAUGGUUGCGGCCUCUUCGAGGCCCCUAGCGGCACCACCGCCGGGUCCCGCGAGGCCAUGUUCUGUGCCGUCUGCGGCUGCCACCGCAACUACCACCAGAGAGUCGCGGUGGAAAUUCCGCAACACUACCACUCCUCCCGCUCCUCCUCCGCCUCGCACCCCCACCAACAACAACAGCCCGCCUCCUACCCCCACCAACAACAACAGCCCGCCUCCCACCCCCACCACAACCACCGUGGUGGCAGAGGCACCAUGAUCAUUCGCCGCGAACCGGCCUCUGCACCGGGCCGUUUCGCUCCCGAGCAGGCGGCGGCUCGUCGGCAGACGCCGGCAGCGAGCCCCGCCCUGACCACCACUCCGGCCACCAGACGUGUACAGAGCCGAGCCCCACAUCGACAUGCGGAGGGCACUUCUGCUGCACGACAGGGAGUGCCACCUCAGCAUGGGGUGCGUGCCACGCGCGCAAAGAGAAUAACGAGGGCCCAAACCGAAAUGGUGAGGGCCUUGACUGAGAGGAACAACUGGAAAAAGUUCCGGGAGUACUCUCAGGCCGAGGUUUUACGUAUUUGUUCCGAUUUCGGAAUAACUACACUGGCCCUCAAAAACUGCAUCUCUUCUCUACACAGGCGAAGAAGAAAAGCUGCAAUAGCUGCAAUAGAUCAACACUAG